AUGGCUACAUCAACAUCAACAUCUGCAUCAUCCCAGCCGCUGCAACAUGCCGCCGUUACGGCUCCCCUGCCACGCAUAACCAUCCAGUUCUGCACUCAGUGUAAAUGGAUGCUGCGAGCUGCCUAUUUCGCCCAAGAACUCCUCUCCACAUUCUCCCUCUCCCUGGGCGAAGUCGCCCUCCAGCCCUCCACAGGCGGAACCUUCAUCGUCACAAUCCACCACCUCUCCCCAUCAACCUCAACCUCUUCAUCAUCCCCUCCAGCAUCCGUCCAGUCCACAGUUCUAUGGGACCGCAAAACAGACGGCGGCUUCCCCGAAACAAAGGAACUCAAGCGCCGCGUUAGGGACGUCAUCGACCCGUCCCGGGACCUGGGCCACGUUGACCGGAAUCAUCGCGCUGCUGCUCCGGCUGUGGAGGCCGCUCCGGUGAAGGAGACUGCUCCUGCUCCCGCUACCGAAGAGCCAGUAAAACAAGAACAGGCCUCAUCAACCAUUGUAUGCGAAGACUGCACUUAA